ACGCCAUUCGAUGCAACGGUCAAAACAAAUGAUGCCACGCUCAUAUCCUGUCAUCUCCUUUCGGCUGUCGCUCUUCAUCCUUAGCCUCUAAGGCUUUCCUGAAGGGCACAACCGUCAUUUGAGAAGAAGGAAUCCCACCUUUGAAAGCGUUCGAAACCGGCAGCGUGGUUGGUUUUUCGUGCCGGAAUCCAAUUCCAAGUGAAAGAAAAUUUUUCUUUUGGUUCAAAAAGAGAGGAAUGGGAUUGCUUUCCAACAGAGUCCAGAGGCAGAGCCUGAAACCAGGGGAUCACAUUUACUCGUGGAGAGCUGCUUAUAUUUAUGCCCAUCAUGGUAUCUAUGUUGGGGACGAUACAGUCAUACAUUUUACUAGACGUGGCCAAGAAGUUGGGACUGGGACUGUGCUGGAUGUUCUCUUGAUUAGCUCAGGACCAACCCGAUCUCAUUUGCCUUGCCCAACUUGCACUCCACCAGAUGAAGGACAUGGAGUCGUCUCCUCGUGCCUGAACUGCUUCCUUGCUGGUGGUGUUUUGUACCGUUUUGAGUAUUCUGUCACCCCUGCUCUCUUUCUUGCAAAAGCACGUGGAGGAACGUGCACUCUUGCAGUCUCAGACCCAGAUGAGAUUGUGGUUCAUCGAGCAAAGUAUCUGCUUGACAAUGGUUUUGGUUGCUAUAAUGUAUUCAAGAACAACUGUGAGGACUUUGCUAUCUACUGCAAAACAGGGCUUCUUGUGGUGGAUGAAGGAAGACUUGGCCAGAGCGGCCAAGCUGCUUCUAUCAUAGGGGGGCCUCUUGCUGCUGUUUUAUCUUCACCGAUGCGUCUUUUUAGUACCAAUGUUUAUGGAAUGGCUGCCACAGCUGUUGCUGUCUACUGUGCCAGUAGGUAUGCUGCUGACAUUGGCUUGAGAAGGGAUGUAAUGAAGGUCCCAGUAGAGGAUCUGACGAGGAGGUUGGCGACAGGCUCACUGCGGGUGGUUGAACCCCAAAUUUCAGUUACUCCUUCCCGUGGGUCUCCCCAGCUUCUAACUCAAUAAUUUAUGUCAACCUAAUAAAAUACGUUCCUGAUCUGGUCCAAUAAUUUGCUGGGACCGUGUUUCCUAAUUCACAGAUUGUGCUGUGCCCCUUGUAUCGUGAAUGCGGCAUUAUACGAUUUUAUUCACUUGUUUUGAAUCCGUCAUCUUCUCUAUCCGUCGCUCUAUUUUCUGUCUACUAAAGCAUUUUGAAGAAUAAAUUGGUGUAUGAACUUAAUCGAGUAUGUUUAUUGAGAUUGAGAUUGCUUA